CCUUGUAACAUUCUUGUUAUAUCGUGACUGUAUCAGACUUGUUAGAACAACCUUGUGGCAAGUCUGAUAAUUCCAUCAAGCUUGUUCCAACAACUGGGAACAGGCAGUGCUGAGUGCGAACAGAACUUGUCGACAGCUUUGUAACAACUUGUUUGCAGUAGGUACAGGGCUGUUCGUAACAAGUUGCUUGUUGUCGGCUUGUUGUUAACAACUUUCGUGUUUCGCUCGCUACUCUGGUUUAAAUAAAUGAUUACAAAGCCCAGUCGAAUUGUAAUCAAGACCCAACGUUUCGACACUCCAGUCUAGUGUCUUCAUCAGGGGUGAUUAAGAAGCUACGAUUGCAACUUUAGAUCACCCCGACCGUAUCUCAGAUUCCUGCCUCGAUAUUCCAGGUUACAAUUUUGUUCAUAAAAACCGCAGUGUGGGCUCCCACGGAGGGGUUGGGGUGUACAUCAGGAACACGAUAUUUUAUAAGCCUCUGAAUCAUCUCCACCAUACAGAAUACGAAGUUCUGUGGGUCUAUUUUCGUCCAAGUAGACUUCCCCGCGGGUUUUCCUGCUUGAUACUUGGUGUCGUUUACCAUCCACCUAAUGCUAAUGAUGAUGAAAUGCUCCAAUUUCUCUCCACAUCACUGAUUACUAUUGAAAGCACCUAUCCUGGCUGUGGGUUUAUUCUUGCAGGCGACUUUAAUCGGUUAAAAUGCAAUCGGAUAUUAACACAGUUUAGUUGCAAACAGAUUGUUAACGUUUCCACAAGGGCCAACCAGACUUUGGAUCUAAUAAUAACCAACUUACAUUCGUUUUAUGAUAAGAACUCUGUCGAAAAAUUUCCGCCAUUUGGUCUUUCAGAUCAUAAUGUUGUGAUUGUCAAUCCUUGCAAAAGAGAACCCAAGUCAUGCAGUAGAAGAAUUAUCUCUAGUAGAGAUUUACGAUCUAGUAAAAGGCAUGAGCUCGGAAGAUACCUUACAUCUAUCGAUUGGUCCUCUCUGAAUCAUUUUGACACAUGCGAAAUGAAACUCCAGUAUUUCGAAGAGUUAGGACGUCUCGGUAUUACCAUUAUGCCAAUUAAGAAAACGGCUUUGCAUGUACACGAUCCUCCAUGGAUUACUGCAGAAUUUAAAGAGCUUAUAAGGAAGCGUCAAGCUGCCUUCUGCAGUGGAAAUACCUUUCAGUUCAA